AUGGCAACCACUCGUCGAAAUGGCCAGCUAUCGUCGUGCGAACCGUGCCGGAAAUCCAAGUUACGAUGCGACCACGAAAGCCCUAUUUGUGGAAGAUGUCUCACCAACAACCAGGCCGAGCGUUGCUUCUAUCAUCCUGCUCCACUAACUCAGCCACACGCGCGCCAUUCCAGGACUUCCUCACGAAGAUCCAGGAAGCAGAAGCGCCAGGACAAUCAGCUAACCUUUCGCCUGGAUAAGACAAUACCUAGUACAGCUGUGCAAGCCGCGCCGCCCGAUGAGCCGCCGGUGGCCGAUGACGGAAAGAUUGAGUACGAAGAUAGCUUGCAUGUCGAGGAACCAGGAUGUUUUCCGGAAGCUACAGUGCAGACCACUGUCUAUCCUUUCAGCGGUGAUAACUCGGAUCGAAUCUUGCAAGGGGCCCAGAUUCUAUCACAUUUGCAGAAAAUCCGUUGGUAUCAUGAAAUCAUUGAUUUGAAAAACAAAACAUCUCCUGGAUGGUUUCUGGGCCCCCCUAUGACUGAUGCUUUGUGCAGUUCCGUGGAGCGUAUGUAUGACUCUGCUGUUUGCGGCUCUCAGGAUACACGUGCAUCGUUAGUUAACCUGUCCCGCCAAAUCUUUGCAAACACGUCGAAGGAGAUUAGGACAUGUGAAGUAUCAGAUUUGUCUGAUUAUUUUGACUUGAUCUCGGCGAGAUGGGAGACAAUCGGACUUGUCUUUGUCCUGUUAGGUACCGCGUUGUUUCACACUGCCGAUAAUGAUCCGGUAUUUAUACAUCGCAACCCAUGGAAGCUUGCGAAAAGCGAGCUCAGAAUACUUUUGGCAUCCACUCUUGGUGGCAGUGGUAACUAUUCUUCCCCGAAUUUUAAGCUGGGGGACCUGUCGACCAUCGUGUACGCAUUUGGCUUGCAUGAGCUUGAGAAAGACCUCGACGAAAGCUUGCCUUUCUUUUUGAUCGAGAUACGCAAGCGGGUCAUGGUAUGCGCGUAUGCGAUCGAUAAGGACUUGGCGACCUCGUUGGGGCGCCCCCCGCGCAUCUGUUCCCGAUACUGUCAUCUGCCAUUUCCCCUGGAUCUUACGUAUGAAGAGAUGAUUCUUCCACCCAAUGAGAGGGAGAAGGCGUUACUCAAGCUUGACGUGAAUGGUUGGAAUACGGAAGAGAAAUUGACCGUUGGUGUCAGGCUACGCGUUGUGUUGUUGACGAGCUUAUUGCGAGGAAGAAUCCUGGAACUGUCGUUGAGCCCCCGAGGCCAGCCAAUUUCAGCCAGAGUUGAAAACUUAAUCCAGCAAUCUCGCCAGGCGCAGGAAGACCUUCCUUCGUUCAUCCGCUGGUCGCCUGAGGAUGCCGCAGCUGGCGUAUACAGUUUAGAACGAGAUGAGAGUCGCGCCUUCGCAAAGAUUGAAUUCACGUAUCAGGAAUUUCUCCUACAUCGAAUAUUACUCAAGCGUCUUGGCAAGAAGUCUCAGGGUCUCAUUGAGAGUUCCCUUGAGAUAAUUACCACGCUUUUAGACAUCAUCGCCAUGCAAACUCGAUCUGGAAAACCUGUGGUCAAAAUGUCCUGGGAUUUAUGUCAUAUGGGGCUUCCUGCUGCUGGUAUCCUCACGUCUAAGCUGCUCUCCGAACGAGGCUUAGAGGAGUCGCUUCCACCAUCAGCGCCAUUACCCGCUAACUUUCGUUCUAUUAUGAUCCAACAGCUCAGCAUUUUUAUUUCUCAUUUAACCUCACUGGUGCAACCACACGAAGGAAAUUAUGAUAUUUCUCAGAAAGGUGCAAAGUUUAUUCGUUGGGUGCUCGACCAGACUCUUUCACCUGAUGUCUCCCAUUCAGAUCUAUGGACCGCAGACCUUAACCUGCCCGAUAGCUGGGGUGAAAAUCUUGAUAUGACAGAUGAUGUCGAUUUUAUGGCGUGGUGUGACGAUAUCCAGUGGUUGCAGGACCCUCUGCUCAGCGUCGCCUGA